AUGAUGAAAAACAAGAGAACAAACACUCAACCGCUUGAAGACGCAUCUACAGCGCCCGCGACCUUCAAUGACGGUCUUCCUCUACCAAAAUUAAUCGCAUUUGACCUGGACUAUACACUAUGGCCGUUCUGGGUUGAUACGCACGUCAGCGCACCCAUCAAGCCUCGCGAUAACAAUUCUCGAUGCGUUGACAAAUGGAACGAAUCAUUCGCAUUCUACCCUGCCGUCUCGUCAAUUGUGUACUCCUGCAAGACUCGCUCGAUUCCCCUUGCGAUAGCUUCUCGCACCCAUGCUCCUGAGUUAGCUCGCGAUAUGCUGAAGGCGCUCCAUAUUAUCCCGACAUUCUCGGACAAUCCUGCGGCCAAAACGAAGUCAGUCCGCGCUCUGGAUUACUUUGACUAUGUCCAAAUCUUCCCUGCCACCAAAACACAACACUUUGCGAAAAUCCAGCAAGCCAGCGGAAUUGCUUACGAGGAUAUGUUGUUCUUUGAUGAUGAGGCACGCAACAGGAACGUCGAGACCGAAUUAGGGGUCACCUUCUGUUUGGUUAGAGAUGGUAUGACCAAGGAGGAGGUCGAUCGCGGGGUCUGGGCUUGGAGAAAGAGAAAUGGGAUCAAGCCAGGGGCGCAGAAGCAGGGUCACGAAGACGCUUAA